AGCAGCAAGGGCGCGGGACCGCGGCUCGCAUACGUCGCCGGCAGCUGCGAGGAUUGCCCCAAAGGCUCCAUCGCUCUGGCGGAGCGAUACUCGAGCGCCCCGUCGACGUCCGAAGGGAGCCUCACGAGGACCCGGUGCCCGACGACCGGCGGCGGAGACGCUUCUCUGGACCUAAUCGAUCAAGGGCUCUUCUCCAUCAUAGACUUCGCGCCGCUAGGAGGCGAAGCGGGCAACGUCAUGGGGGUGAAGGUCGCCUCCGACCAGGGCUGGAUGCAUUUGGAGCACACCUACGCCGGAAUGUUUCAGUCGUACGGACUCCCCGCGAAUGAGAGCAUCGUGCUCUACGUGACCGACGGGUUCGGGGCUGAGCGGGGCUACGCGUGCUCCCGCCGAGAUUUCGACCUCAUUUGCACGCCCAGUUCCUCUCAGGGCGCCACAUCGAGGAAGCCCCUCUGCACCGCCCCCGAUCCUCCCCAGAGGUUCUCUACGAUCGUACCCAUCCCGCUGGACUCCUCGAUCCCUCCCCCGACCAUCCGAUUCGGUCUGCAGUCUCCUUAG